GUGGAGUUGGAGGAUCCAUAUUAAUAGUCAGGUUGUCGCCAGUCCUAGCAAAUCAGGGAUGAGAUAAAGAAAGAAACGUAAGGAAUAAAAAUAAAAUAAAAACUCUACAGUUGCCACUUGCCACAGCUACAGCGAUGUUGUCUAGAUUUGUUUAGGGCUAAAGAAGGAAGGGGGUUACUGUUUCGGGCAGGUUUGGUUUUGCCGCAAUGGGACAGCAGUCGUACUUAGGGCAAGCCAAACAUAACAUCGUAGUGGCGUCACCAAAUGAUGUGCCGCUUAAUUGAACAACAAUCUAUCAUCGGGAAUACUUCGGGUUUUAUCUCAUUUAUAAUUAGUUGUAUAUAGACUCUAUAGUUGUAGACUUUUGCAUUUCUUAGACAUCAUGAUGUUAGCUCACCGUAUAUGAUAUUUGGCUCCCCUAGACGACUCCUCGCUCUUUUCCAUAUUGCAUCACCAAUAGCUUUCCGUAUUUCUAUGCUAUGCACUCCUCAAGACCACUAAACAGCCUUUUGCUAACAUACCUUUCUCGAUAUAUCUUUCUUCAGAUCUUUUUUGCUAACUUUCCUUCCCUGUUUGCCACAGAAAUCCCACAACAUUCCGUCAACCUCCGAUCCAAAGACGCCAAAUUUCAUCUACAGAGAAAAGUACUACAGCUCACGGUGGCAUGGCAUCAAUCGACUGGGCAGAGCCCAUGCUACGUUCCUGAGGUCUAAAGAAUGGAAUCGUGACAAUCUACCUCGACAUGGCCCAUUCUUACGUGGCCCAUCUUUACGGUUGUUAUCUGGAAGCCGAACACUUCGAAAAACGCUUGGAGAAUCUACAAUACAAGCGGUAGGGCGUCGGCAUUCUUCAAGACGCUCCAUGGGAGGGCUUCGUCAAUUUUCCCGACAAAAAAUAUGAAGUUGCUCUUGCUGCCAGAGAGUGUUACGAUGCUUGGCAUAAGUUAGAGGGGACAUCAAAACAUAAAGAGAUCACCUACUAUGCUCCUGAAGAAUGCUCGAGAUUUGUGACUAUUCAGCAUUUGUUUGUCUCCAUAGCACCCAGGGCACUCCGUUUUAUCAGAGACGUAAAGGAACCGAGAGUUGUGAGUGUUGUGUUGGAUGGCGAUUAUAAGUCGCUGGGGCUUGCUAACUCAUUCGCUACGGUGUGCUUCCGUACACAUUACGCAGUCUAUGUAGUAUCACUAAUAAGGCAAUAACUCUAUACUAAAUUCCGGUAUAUCUAAUAUUAUCUUUCUUUUCGUUAGUGCAUGUUUUUCGGCCCCAUGAACAUAUACCAAUUACC